AUGGGUCGUCGAAGACAAAGAGAAAGCGUUUGGAUUCAGUGCGUCGCGUUGCUUUGUUUAUUUGACUGGUCUGCAGCGCAGAUCUCUUACUCCGUUUCAGAGGAGGUGGACAAAGGCACGUUUGUGGGGAAUCUCGCUAAGGAUUUGAACCUUAAUGUACACGAACUGGAGUCGAGGGGUCUAAGGAUUGUAUCGGGACAUAGCAAGAGAUAUUUUGAUGCGAAUCUGAAAACAGGAGUACUGUUCGUUAACGAGAGAAUAGACAGAGAGGAGCUUUGUCCGAAUACGGUAAAGUGUUCGGUAAACAUACAGGCCAUAUUGAGCCAUCCUACGCAGCUCCACCGCAUUGAGGUUAAUAUUUUAGACGUUAAUGACAAUGCACCAUCUUUCCUUGAAAAAUUAUAUUCAUUCAACAUUUCUGAAUCAUCAUCCACAGACGAGCGAUAUCUUUUACCGAUAGCAAUCGAUUCAGACACGGGCAGUAACUCGGUAAAGAGCUACAAGCUGAGCCCGAAUGAACACUUCUCCCUAGAUGUACAGAACGGUGGAGAGCAGAGUGUGUCUGCUGAGUUAGUGCUGCAGAAAGCUUUAGACCGAGAGAAACAGCCUGUGAUCCAGCUCACACUGACCGCUGUAGAUGGAGGAAAACCUCCACGAUCUGGGACAUUGCUGAUAAUAGUGAACGUAAUUGAUGCCAAUGAUAAUUCACCCACGUUCAGUAAGCCGCUGUACAUGGUUCGCGUUAAUGAAAAUGUUCCGUUCGGAACUAAGGUGGUUCAGCUAAAUGCCACAGAUGUAGAUGAGGGAGUCAACGGUAAAGUUGUAUAUUCCUUUAUCAAACGUGGUAACGUGAACCCCUCUGAUAUGUUUGAUAUAAAUUCAGACACUGGAGCAAUCACAGUUAAGGGAAAUGUGAAUUAUGAGGAAAGUCCUGCAUAUGAAAUUCGUGUGCAGGCGACAGACCAAGGCGCAUCACCCCGUAGUGCACACGGGAAACUAUUAGUGGAAGUAAUUGAUUUGAAUGACAAUUUCCCAGAAAUACAUGUGACGUCACUCAUGAGCCCCGUGAAAGAGGAUGCUGAGAUAGGGACAGUGGUCGCCUUGGUGACAGUCACAGAUAAAGAUGGUGGUAAAAAUGGCCUCAUUAACAGUAAACUUGUUGGGCCAGUGCCCUUUAAAUUGAAAUUGAAUUAUAAAAACGAUUAUUCAUUAGUGGUUGAUGGGCCUCUUGACAGAGAGAGUGCUACUCAGUAUAAUGUCACCAUCAAAGCUACGGAUGAAGGGACUCCGCCUCUCUCCAGCACCAGAGUUAUUACUGUAGACGUUUCUGAUGUGAAUGACAACGCUCCUCGCUUCUCAGAAUCAAUUAUUAAUGUUUAUGUGAAAGAGAACAGUCCGGUAGGUGACGUCAUUUAUAAGAUGUCUUCUUUUGAUCCAGAUUCAGAUGAAAAUGCAAAGAUGACGUAUUCAUUAUUAGAUAAAAGUGUUUCAAUAUCAUCAGCUGUAAAUAUAAACUCAGAAACAGGAGAUAUAGUCAGUCUUCAGUCUUUUAACUAUGAGGAGAUAAAAAAGUUCCAGUUUAAAGUUCAGGCUACAGACUCUGGUGUUCCUCCGCUCAGCAGCAACGUGACUGUGAACGUUUUUAUUCUGGAUGAGAAUGACAACAGUCCUGGGAUUCUCGCGCCCUAUUCUGAUCACGGCACCGUUAACUCUGAGAACAUUCCCUAUUCUGCUGAAGCGGGCUACUUUGUGGCCAAGAUCAGGGCUGUAGACUCCGACUCUGGCUACAAUGCGCUGCUUUCUUAUCACAUCUCUGAGCCCAAGGGAACCAGCCUCUUCCGAAUCGGAACCAGCACAGGGGAACUAAGGACUAAGAGGCGAAUGAGUGACAGUGACCUGAAAAUUCACCCGUUGGUCGUGUUGGUUUCUGAUAACGGAGAACCCUCACUGUCAGCGACUGUGUCUAUUGACGUAGUGGUGGUUGAAAGUACAGGUGAAAUCCAGACUGAAUCCAGAAACGUACCAAGAAAGGAGGAGAGCUUCUCUGAUUUAAACUUGUAUUUGCUGAUCGCCAUUGCCUCGGUGUCAGUGAUAUUUUUAUUGAGCGUCAUUAGUUUAAUUGCUGUAGAAUGCUACAAUACAGACGACAGUUUCAGAAGGUACGGCGCCCCAGUGAUCACCACACACCCUGACGGGAGCUGGUCUUACUCUAAAUCUACUCAGCAGUAUGACGUGUGUUUCAGUUCAGACACACUGAAGAGUGACGUAGUGGUUUUCCCCGCACCGUAUCCACCUGCAGAGGCAGAACUGAUCAGUAUUAAUGGAAAUGACACGUUUGACAGGACUCAAACAUUACCCAACCAAGACAAGAACAUGACCAUCUGA